AGACACAAUCCAUUAUUUUCGUGGGCAUGGAUCAGGUGGUCCCAUGACAUGGAUUCAUCGCCAGCCUUGUCAGCCCCGAGUGCGUGCCACGUUUUCCAAAUGGGAAGGGGCGAGAUACACCUGCACAACAAAAACAACAGUUGCCAGGCGGCAGGCAUCCAACCCAAUGGACCCCCUGCAGGGCAGCCCCGCCAAGGCAGCCCCUCCUUCCCCAGCGGCCACGCCCAAUCUGCGCAGUGAAGGAAUCGCGCACCCCUGUCGCAUCUCGCCCACUCCAGCUCCAGGCCAUCAUUGAUUGCCCUUCUUUGCAACCAACUCGGGACCUGGUCAAGUCGGGAAAUUGGCUUCUGUCACUUCAACUUACCUCGGAACCCUUUACUUGUUUAUUUCCUUCCACCACUUUUUUUUUCUUGUUCUUUUUGGCUGUGCAAACGAUCGCAAACGCGUUUCGUACUUUUCACUGUCGCCUCUAGCUCACUUGGCACUCGCGAGGCCUGUCUUUGGAGCACCCAUCCAAGGCAUCGCGGCCCAAUUGAUCCACCAGACCGGGCAGCUGUGCUCUCCUCGGAGGACCAGACGUGGCAGUCUGCACUACGCGUGCCCAUCGACGUGCCCAUCGACGUGGACCGUUCUGUCCGCCUGGGGCAUCAGUCUCCGGCCCAGCUGGCGGUUAUUUCUUCCCCUUGUUGCCAUUGAUCGAUUGUCGCGCCGCUGCCAGAAUCCACCGCCGAAGCUCAGCCCUAGCUCGUCUGACGCCUGGGUCCCCUGAUUGCCCGGCCAACUCUCAACCGAGCCCCUCCCUGCUGCAUCUCUGCGCUGCGCUGGGCCGCUGCCGGGCUCUGCAUCCAACCAGACCAUUCAAUCCGAUUCGCCGUCUUGUUGCUUCUGCCCCGAUAUCGCGACUUCGGCCCGCUCAAGGGGCGCAUAUACACGGAGCUUUCUGUGCCCUGGUUGUUCGCUACGAGGCAAACCCUGCCGACAUUUUGGCGCAAACCAUCGCGGGCUCUGCCUCAUCCUUUGCUUCAUCCCAAUCCGAAUAAGCGCGCGAUCCGACAUCGAAGCAUUUCCUCAUUUCCGCCCUGAACACGAGCAUCGUUGCACCACCACCUGUCCUGCAGCCGAAAAAUACCUCGAACUCCAACCUCGAACCGUCGCACGUCCUCGACGCUACGCCCUACGUCCCGAGCCGACACGCUUCUUUUGACAGGCCACCGGUGCCCCUUUCCCACCGCCUUUGCGGGCCCACGGGCUUUCCACGACGAUCCCAAACUCGGUCGACCGGCCGCUGUGACCACUACCUCCUAAAGGCCACAGCGCUCUAUCGCGGUCCUCUGCCUUCAAGAGCUCUUCGCUCUUCGUCCUUCACAUCUUUCUUCAUUACACAGACGCAAGUCGCAAACAUGGCGUCGACAGUAACAAGCGGUUAUUUCGUUGAAAGCAGGCGCAUCGAGCGUGUGGUUCGCUACCACUGGCCGGCCGUUCAGCUCAACGUCUGGAUGCUCAUCAUGCUCAUCUCCGCAUGUACCAUCAUUGGCGUCUUCGCUACCUUUAUCGGCAUACAAAGCCAGUUGCUAUUGCCCAUCCCAUGGUAUUUUACAUAUUACAUUAUAGUCGGGAGCUUGGUUGUCACCUUCAUUGCAAUACUCCUGUGGCUCAUCUUCUCCCGAAGACUGCUUCCCUCGAUUGUCAUGAUAGGCGGCUUCAUUCUGUUCGUCAUGUGGCUGGUUGGUCUCGUCGUCGUGUCGAUCGAGCUGUGGGGUCCAUCGAGCGGCCCAACGGGCUCUGUCAGCGGCAACUGCAACCUCGCUGUCUUCACCCAGAACCCUACCGGCCAGACUCUCCAGACACUGGCCUGGUUGGAGCAGAGGAGUAUAUGCCAGUCGUGGCAGGCCGUCUUUGCCUUCGCCUUGAUCGGGCAGAUCUUCCUGCUCUGGAUCAUGAUCAUCGCCUACCAAGUGUUUGCCGAUAACGGCUCAUAAGACCGCGCAUUUCGAGUCGAGCUGCCGAUGAUCCAUGAUGUCUGCGAUGUUUCCUUAUCUCCCUUGCUGUGCAAUGUUGUUCGCUUGUCCUACCCGGGGCCUUGUUUCUUUGUCUUUCCCCACACUAUCUUCUUGGAUAUUCUGCAUAUUCUUUAAUGUCUGUCUUGGUUAUUAUUCUCCUGAUGACUUUCGGGGCUUCAAGUGCUGAGACCCGGAGGAGGCCCCGGGAAUGCGUGGCUUUGUACGCUUGGGGCUGGGAAAACGGGAUGAUCAUGUGUACGAAUGCCGCCAACUUUGUCUUGUUUCAACUCGGCCUUUCCUUUUUCUCCACAAUCUACAACGGGCGGAGUUCAGGGACCAAAUGGAUUUUAUUUUCAGUUCUUUGCCAGUAUUUGGUUGCGGGUGAUGCUUUUGGAUAUCACGGCAUGAGCCUGAUUUCGAACGCGCUUGAUAUGGCCUUCAUCUUUUCAACGAAAUUGACGUGUUCCAAUAGUCACUUGUAGAAUUCCUGAUCCAUCAGAGUCCCUUGGCAGAUUGCAUUGAAUAUGAUGUUAU